AAAUACAAAUAAAAUAAAGGCUGCGGGCAGCUGCGGGGUUGUUGAACUGACGCACUUUGCAAUGCAAUAUUGCAGGGUUCAUUGACCGCAGCGCAGUCAACAGUGAUCUUCAUAUUUAUUUAUUCGUGGAAUGCGUGGGAUGGUGGUCAAAGAACUAUGUAUUACUAUUACGACCUUGAUUGUUGAUUAAGUUUGGGUAUUUCACAAGAAUUCCGCUUCUGCUGCGUCGGCGAGACAAGCAACGAUCAGGUAACCCGUUCCUCCUCGCUGUUCCUCGUCCUUCCGUGCGCCGCUGCCGUUCCCCAAUCGGUGCGCUGCGCCGCGCCGGUCGCGCCGCGCCCCCUGUGCCGGCGGCACUCAGUCGACGGGGGCCGGCGCCGGCGUCGACACCGGCAGCGCGCGCGCACCGCACCGGCGGCGGCGGCCAUGGAGCUGCGCUCGGCCGCCAUCCGCCGUCUGCUGGUGGUGUUUGUGUGCGGCGUGUUCGGCUACGUCGUGUUCUACAACUCGCUGCUGAUGGAUCGGCGCGGCUCGCUACUGCACGGACGUCUAUUGCUACAGCAGCCCAGCAACGCGACUCAGGCUAACCAGGCUUCGGCGGGCAGCGCGGCUGCGCCUGUCGCAGACAGUUCAGCGCCAGCUCAAGCCAAGCCACCAGCGACUGGUGCCGCGGCGUCAGCGGCACCGGCGGCGGCGGCGGCGGGGCCGUCCUCACCCACCAGCCGCCAGAAGCCGCCGUCGCAGAGCACUCCGGCCGCGGCGGCCGGCACGGCGGCGCCCGUGAAAGACUCGAUCCGCAGCCGGCUCGAGCCCGGAUUCCGGAUCGCCAACGGCGGCCGGUGUCCGGAGCGCGGCCGCGACCUGCGGCUGGUGAUUCUGAUCACCACCGCACCGGGCCACCAGCGGCAGCGCAAGGCCAUCCGGCUGACCUGGGGCGGCUCCGUGGCGCAGCGGCGCGACGUGACGCUGCUCUUCUUCCUGGGCCGCGCCGCCGAGCCGCACCAGAGUGCCGUCGACGAGGAGCAGCAGACCUACGGCGACAUCGUCCAGGGCAACUUUGUCGACGCCUACAACAACCUGACGCUCAAGUCGGCCGUGAUGCUGGAGUGGCUGGACACGUUCUGUCCCGAGGCGCGCAUGAUCCUGAAAACGGAUGACGACAUGUUUAUCAACACGGACAACCUGCUGAAGUUUGUCGAUGUCCACAGCAAGGACACCAAUAAGUUGUUCGGCCGGCUGGCCCGCCGGUGGAAGCCGAACCGCAGCGUCAAGUCCAAGUACUACCUCAGCCCAGAGUCGUUCGCGGGAAAGUACUUGCCCGACUUCGUGACCGGGCCGGCCUACGUGAUGACUGGCGAUCUGGUGAAGCCGCUGUACCAGGCCACGCUGGACGCCAAGUUCCUGACGCUGGAGGACGUCCUCGUCACUGGCGUGGUCGCCGACAAGCUGCACAUCAAACGGGUGCACGCCAAAGAGUUUAUCAACGACAGAAUUAAGGCGGAUACGUGUAAAUUCGCUACAUCAGUGAGUGUGCAUAUGGUGAAAUUCGAAGAACAGUUUGAUAUAUGGAAGCGUAUUCAGGACGGCAGGACACGUUGCCCUCAGUACGUUCCGACGGGGGGCUGAUGCCGCAGAGGGGACGCUUAGUCAGGUGUCUGUGAUGGUGCGUGCGCGUCCGCCGGACCUGGCGCUGCGCUGUGUGCGCCUGUUUGUGUGCACCGUUCCCCGGGGACCGUCUGGGCCCGCGUGCCGGCCGACUGACCUCGGCCGGCCGCGAUCAUCGUCUCCACGACGUCGGUGGGCGGCGGCCGAUCGAUGGCCCGUCGGCGCCGGCCAGGCCGCUGCCCCAUCCGCGCGGCCGACGCCCGUAUUGAGCCGGCCGGUCACUCAAAUCGAUCCGGGCCGCGGCGGCAGCCCGGCCGGGCCGCCACCGGAUGGCCGCGCGAUACUGUCGCAGCCGCAGACACAGGAAGUGCUCGCCUCUGCCGGCGCCGUCUGAGCAAAUGUCGCCGCCGCGACACCGUACUGUGAUAGCGCGCCGGCGCUUGACGCCCGGUGGCGACCACAAUCGCCAGGUGCCUUGACUGUAUUGACCAGGACCGGGUGCGGGACCGGCAGUGCCUUGCCGUGCGUCACGGUGGUGAGGCGCGCGCGGGGCGGGGUCAGGGGGCACACACACGUCAUCCCGGCGCUGUUUCGCCCUCCGGUGGUGCCGCCCGAGGGCCGCGGUGCACCCGGACCGACGGACGGACUGACAGAGACGGCCCCCACUCUCGGUCUGUGUGUGGGUGUGCGUGUGUAUGUGUGUGCGUGAGGGGUGCGGUGUUUAUGUGCUGACCGCCGUGGCUUGUCUUUCCGACACGGCCGCGACCAUACGCUUUUAGCCGACGAUGGUUGCCUUGCCUACGACCCCAACAAGUACGCUGCCAUUGUAGUGGGCUAUAUAUGUUGGACGGGUGCUUGCGACAUACACACACACACACACACGCACAACCUGGCUCCUGAUACUGACCGAAACAAACGCUAUCCAAUAGUUCUACGAGGGUUCCUGACUUUCAAUUUAAGGUUAACUGUGAUGCAGCACAAAGUCCUUGGUGGUAUGGAGUGGAAAAUCGCAAUCAUCUGGCCCAAGCACCGUUAACAAUCAAACUACAAGGGUGUCUAUAUGUAGUCAAUGCUUUGUUCAGUGUGUGGUGAAAUAAAGUUGAUGCUGGAGUAUCACAAAUUAAA